AUGAUUGAUGAAGGGGAAUCAGGAAGAUGGACUCUUGUUGGAGUAUCUGCCCCUGCUGUGACCCGGGUUUGCCUCGGGAGCUCGUCUUCCCCCAGCAUCGAGAACGAGCGACCUCGCGCGUGUCUGUGCCUGUGCGCUCCCCUGUCUUUUCCUAGUCCCGUCCCCUUUCUUGGGUUGGUUCGGAACACGAGGAGGCUGUUCAGUAAGGUCUGGUGGCAGAACGCGAGCAAGUUUGCGGUAUGCGAGCGCCCCUCCCCGUGUUUGCCCGCUGAAGUCAGGGCUCCUGGGCAGUCCCGAGAGAAGCAGGGCUCUGAAGAAGCUCCUUCAAGUCUUAGGGCAGGGUGGGUUGGAUUUUUUAGAGAAAGAGACCUGGGCGGCGUUGGGCUGAAAGCUACCCGGCGCAGGCGAUGGCAGCGACAAGGGAGAAUGACCUUUAUGCUGAAAAUUAAAGCAAAGAUGACUACCAGGGACUCAAUACCCAAGAUAACUAUGGAGACAGCAGGAAAAUACCUCUCUGCUCUUGAAAUGAAAUCACUUGGAUCUGAAGAACUGCAUCUUUGGGUACUGAAAAAAGUGGAAGCUAUAAUUGAUGAGCCACUGUCAGUGAUAUUUGAAUCAUCAUGGAAAACAGAAGAAUGACUAGAUUGGAGAAGGGGAAAAUGUCCUGAUUUUUAUUUAAAAAGGAGUUACAAUGGAGUCUAGAAAGUAUAGACUAGUGAAUUUAACUUUAAAGUCCUGGGAAAAUUGGAGAAUGAAUCAUGAAAGAGAUGGUUGGGAUAUUAUCUAAAGGAAGUGGUGAUUACAAAGUGUUUUGUCAAGAACAGAGCAUUCUAGACUGAACUCAUUUAAAAAAAAUCAUUACUAAAUUAGAAUUAUUCUGUAAAUGUAGUUUACCUAGAUUUUGGCAACAUGUUCUCAUACAAUUUAAAAUGUUGUGUUUUUUUAUAGAUGUUUUCUGGUUUUAGAUCAUGAUAGCUUUCAAUAUUUUCUCUCCUCUCCCCCUUCCUUAAAAUGAUUUCAAAUUAAAAAGAUUUUUUUUGAUGAAAAAGAAAAAGAAGAGUAAACAUAUCAUGAUUGAUGAUAUAUUGAGAAAACAUAAAAAUAUAUGCAAUGUGCAAAACCCACGGACCUCCCCCCCCCAAAUUCACUAAUGGGUAGUUUGAGGGUGGCCUCCAUAUCUCAUCAUUUGAACCAUGUAUUCUUUAUAGUUUGUUAAUUCACUUUGAUUUUUUUAAAUGUAUGUCUUUUCAUUCAUUGUGUUGCAGUCAUUAUGUAUAUUGUUUUGUUGGUUCUACUUACUUCAUCUACUUUAGUUCAAGUAGCUCUUUCCAUGCUUCUUUCUACUUAUUACAUUCAUCAUUUCUUAUGAGUAAUAUUACAUUAUAUUCAUGUAGCAAAAUUUGUCUACCUAUUACCCAAUCAGUGGGCAUUUGCCUUGUUUCCAAUUCUUUGUUUUGACAAAAAAUGUUGCUUUAAAUAUUCAGUGUAUACGGAGACUUUUCCUCUUAUCAAUCUCUUGCUUGCAGUACAAACCUAGCAAUGAAAUUUCUGGUCCAAAGUCACUUUAUCUGAAUAAUUCCAAAUUGCUUUCUAAAAAUGAUUGUACCAUUUCACAGUUCUACCAAUAAUAAAUUAAUAAACACAA